AUGUCAUGCCAGGCUAUUUUCACAAAGGGAGAGGGUGGCCAGCAAUUGCAAAAACCACCUCGGGCCUCAUCCGUGGGACAUUCUACCAAAGGCUUAGGCCGAUAUAUUCCGUCCAUGACCGAAGCGAUCUUAUCUCAGCUAUACAAGAUGGAAUUUCCUAACGGUGAAUGCACGGUAGGCUGCUUCGAUUUUGCCUACUCUAUCGUCGCACGUAGCGGGAGCUUUGCCAUGGUUGGCUCGAGACUCUCUCAAAACGAGGAUUAUCUGAAAGCCGUCAAGGCCCACAUACUGGGAAUGAUCGUGACCACUCGGGUCCAAUUCCUGGUUCCCGAUUGCCUGAAGCGGUAUAUUGGUGGCUUCAUCAGCCGAUUGGCCACUUUAUGCACUCGAUGGGAUAUGCAUGCCUCGCGGAAAAUUCUCCUAAAGCACUUUGAUGCACGGGCGGCCGAAUAUCGCCAUGAGAUGGCUGGUGACAACGGUAUCGACGAUCAGCGACCCAAUCCUCGACAGACGGAGAAGCCGGUAAGCAUUGCUUUUCGUUCGCCUUACAAUGCCAACAAAGUCGUUAAAAAGUCUCACGCCGAGCUGUCCCAGGUCGAGAUCUUCCGCUGGCUAUACGAAAAUUCGGUCUUCCGCCAGAAAUGGAGCUACCCCGAGGUCAUUGGCGAGAUGUUGCUUUUGCAGUUCGCGUUCAUCUACACGACCACCUAUGGACUAUACGGAGCCUUGUCCGAGCUUGCGCAGUGCCCAGAGUACAUUCGGCCAUUGCGCGAGGAAGUCGAGACGACUCUUGCCCAUCAAGAAGCCACCACCGCGAGCUGCGAUCAAAUGAUCUUGCUGGAUAGUUUCCUGAAGGAGUGCCAGCGACUGCAUCCUCCUGCAGCCGUUUCUGCUCACCGGGUCUGUGUCACUCACUGCCUUGGAGCGUUCGAAUGGUUCGUCUCGUUACCUUUCGUGUACACCGCUAGGGUUCCGAACCCCGAAACCUUCGACGGCUUCCGAUUCGCAAAGCGCGCUGCGGCCGGAGCAAGCAACACCAGACUCGUGGACUUGAGCCCGGAGUAUAUCAUUUUUGGGAUGGGCGUUCCCGGCCGCUGGAUGGCGAGCGCGCCGAUGAAGCUGGUGUUGGCGCAUCUGCUGCAGCACUUUGAUAUCUUGCCUGGUUCGGCGCAGGAAGGCGGGCGAGGUCGCCCUCUUCUUAUCCCCAAUAAACGUCCUUUGCUCCCUCCAACCACACACAGCAACACCAACCACAAGCCAGUGUACAAAGUGCUCAACCCCAGCGCCGUCGCGGCAACUGUGUGCAUGAAAGCACCCUGCGAAAACAGCGAAGACGAUAUUAGCCAAGAUGACAGGACAAAGGCCACGCGCAUUGAAUUCUCUUUCGCUGCUGCUCCACAGCCUUUCCUCGAUCCGCCUACCUGGGAAGCCAUGCUGAAACGAGCUCGGGCUACGGCCGCGUCGGCCGGGGAGGGGGCUUCUAGUAGUGCCCGUCGGAGGGACGACGAUGAGAACGUGGGGUCAUCUGAAACGCCAGAUCAGCAGCGACUAAGGCGAGAGAGGGAGGCUGAGUAUGGGUCGAUGGCGAUCCGGGGCAGGUCAAGUGUUAGCGGGCGAGGGAAGCACGCGAAGGCGAGCGGGAGGGGAUACUGGGGGGGACGGUAUUGA